AAGAAGAAAAAUCUCAGUAAUUACAGACAGGCAGGUUUACGGGCUACAAUUUUGGGGUCUUCUUAGAUUAAACAUAAAUACAGUUAAAGCAACCAGUCUGUUUCGGUAUAUUAAAUAGAGUUGUAAAAUUAUUCGGGUUUUAGUAACUUAAAAACAAUAAUAGUUUAUAUUCAUGGUGUUGUAAAUUACUUGAGCGAUGUUCCUUCUUAACAUGAACAGUAAAAUGGGGUUAGCUGAACUUGGUAACGUUCAUUAUCUGUUUUGACCAACGUUUCAAGCAGUUGUAUUUAUAGUUUAAAAACAUGGAUGAGUUCCCCGGAGUCACCGACAGGGAUUCAACAAAACUACAGGAGAGACAUUACUACUUGCUAUCUGAACUGCAAACUUUAGUCAAAGACUUACCAAGCUCCUUCCAGCAGCGGCUGACCUACAACACGCUGAGCGACCUGGCUUUAGCCCUCAUUGAUGGCACAGUAUAUGAGAUUGUGCAGGGCCUUCUGGAUAUUCAGCAUCUGACAGAAAAGAAUCUGUACAACCAAAGGCAGAAGCUGCACUGUGAACAUCAAGGACUCAAACAAGAUCUGGUUCGAAAACACAAGGAUGCAUUACAGUCAUGCAAGCCGCACAACCUUUCACUUCUCAAGACAACCCAGCAAACUGAACUUGAGGCUUUGGAAGUUCGGGUUCGCGAGGAGCAAAAGAUGAUGGAUAAGAAGAUUGUUGUAGAAAUGGACCAAAAAGUGACUGACCAGCAGAACACCUUGGAGAAGGCAGGAGUCCCAGGGUUUUACAUCACCACUAAUCCUCUGGAGCUCACGAUGCAGAUGAACCUGCUUGAAUUGAUUCUCAAGCUUCAACAGAAGGAUUCGCAAGCCUGACUGCUAUGAGGAAGAUGUGCCAACAGAGACAAUAUUUUCUAUUCUUGUCAAAUACAGAAGAUCAAAAAAAG